CAUGUGAAUCAUUUGAGCAUUGUACAACAAGAAAUAACAGAGUUAUCUCUUCCUUUAGGUGUCAGCUGUGAAGAACUCACUCCAGUCCAGAAAGAAGAGAACAGUUUAGAAGGCAGCUCUGUUACUCUGUCCUGUAGAUACUCCAAAGGUUCUGCUGAUUAUUUCUUCUGGUAUCGACAAUAUUCGGGAAAGCCACCAGAGUUCCUCAUCUCUCAUCUGGAAUCAGGAGAAAUAAUGCAAAAUACAACCUCUGGACUGUCUGUUUCCAUCAUGAACAAUUCUCCUCCUACUGACUGCAGAGGUGGCUUCAUCACAGAGAACUGUUUGAUUCCAGCUGUGAACAUCAGACCAAACAACUCACAAAACUUCUUCAUCCUGAACCUUCAAAAACAGCAUUUCACCUCUGCAGACAUGGAAACACUCACUGUAAUUCUCUUCUGCUUCACUCUCAUAGGUAACACGAUGGAAGAUGAUAUUACUGCCAGCAGUGCUGAAAUGUUUUCAUCAGAGGGCCGUAGUGUUACUCUGUCCUGUACCUAUUCAGUUAAAGCUGAUAAUCUCCAGUGGUAUCGACAGGAUCCUGGAUCAGCUACUAAGUUCCUUCUCCUGAUCACUGAUACAAAAACCACCUUCAGUAAAGGAUGCAAAACCCCUCAACCUCGACUGAAAGCUAAACUGAAUGAUGAGAGAAAUGAAAUUGAUCUGCAGAUCUCCUCUGCUGAAGUAACUGACUCUGCUGUGUACUACUGUGCU